AUGUCUCCUGAAAAGUCCUCUCGGAAGAAGGAACCUUUGAAAAGUCUCCAGGAUAUCUACGCAUCAAUCUUGGAAUUGUUGUCGACAAUCAAAGUUCUUCUUGAUGAAUCCAAGAAAACUCGGAGGACAUCUCUUGACGAGAAACUAAUUCGGCUAGCUUCCUUGGCCGAGUCGUUCACAGAGCAACGCCCGAAGUCACCCAAGAGUACUUGGACCCACCUUGCAGAUUCCCUGGAUCAAGAAGGGGUCAACCUGUGGAAUAUAUCUGGUCUAAUUCACAAAGCUCCGGACGAGGUCGGGCAGACCCACAUCGCCACUCUUCGAUUAGCAGCCUUCCGUCUUGUGGAAGCAGGGCUGGAAAUGAACCCAGGGAUAGAAAGUCGGUCCUUCUCACUGAUCCACGUACUCCACCUAGCGAGUAAGACCGGCAUGUGCCUAUCCGAAAGUGGACAAAAUGUUUUGGCAGUUGGCGUUCUAACGAGCGCCGCAAAAUUCGAAGAGCAACUUAGAAACGUGGAUAUCUUAGAAGACAGCCAACGUCGGUCUAUAGCAUGCGCUACAGUCGUUUAUUACUCCAGCAGAAUGGAAGCUGCGUGGAAAGAUGGUAAUGAUAGUCUGGCGGAAUACAUGUCCCGGAAGAUCACAGAUGAUAAGCAACGACUUACCUUGCUCCCGUCGCAUGCACAAGAGCUUCUUGCCUACAAACUCCAUCAGAUCGCUGGAUCGUUCUUGACUACUGCACAAGCCGGAUCGAAAACUGCAGAUGCCAUUGAAUGGCUGCAGCGGGCAUUCUCUGUCGCAGAUCAACUGGAAGAUACAACGUCGUCCGGCGUAACGGGGUUAAAGUUGACGAUAAUGAGAACUUUGGCGAGAGCUUAUUUUAUGUCAGAAGCAUAUGACCGCGCUGAGAGUGUUCUUGACGAACUAAUCCCAAUCAUUGACGCAUCAAAUGACCAUACAACGUCCGAGUAUCAGGAACUACGGUGGCUGAGAUUAUCUGUCCUUAAAAAAAGGAACGCGGGAGAUGCGUCCCUUCUGAAUGGUUUGUUAUGGGAUAUGAAGAAAUUGCGAAUUAUUUUUGUGUUAAUGUAUUGUAAACUAACAGCCUUCAAAUCCAUUAUCGAACAUAUGGAGUUUUCGGAGCUUAACAUUACGGAGAUUUACGAACAUUGA